AUGUCUGUGUCACACAGUUCCAGACUCAACAAGGGGGUGCUAGAGCACUACAUGAGGCUGCCCCAGGGGGAUAUGGUCCAGGUUACGUACAUCUGGAUUGAUGGAACUGGAGAAGGUGUCCGCUGCAAGACAAAGACCUUGGACUACGAACCCAAAUCUGUUGAAGAGAUCCCAGAAUGGAAUUUUGAUGGGUCAAGUACUUACCAAGCUGAAGGUUCCAACAGUGACAUGUACCUCGUCCCCGUGAAGAUGUUCAGAGACCCAUUCUGCCUUGACCCCAACAAGCUGGUCAUGUGUGAAGUCCUAAAAUACAACCGGAAACCAGCAGAAAACAACCUGCGUCACACAUGUAAGAAGAUUAUGGACAUGGUAUCUGACCACAUCCCGUGGUUUGGCAUGGAGCAAGAAUACACCUUACUUGGAAUCAAUGGACACCCAUAUGGAUGGCCUGAUCAUGGCUUCCCUGGACCACAAGGACCUUACUAUUGUGGUGUUGGAGCUGACAAGGUAUAUGGCCGAGAUAUUGUGAGGAGUCAUUACAAGGCCUGUCUGUAUGCUGGAGUCAAAAUCUGUGGAACAAAUGCAGAAGUUAUGCCAUCCCAGUGGGAGUUCCAGGUUGGCCCUUGUGAAGGCAUAGACAUGGGUGACCAUCUGUGGAUGUCUCGAUUCAUUCUCGAUACAGUAUGUGAAGAUUUUGGUGUGGUGGCAACCCUUGACCCCAAACCCAUGACUGGAAACUGGAACGGAGCUGGAUGUCAUACAAACUACAGCACUGCAGAGAUGAGGAAGGAGGGUGGCCUAAAACACAUAGAAGAUGCCAUUGAGAAACUGGGUAAGCGCCAUAAUUACCACAUCUGCGUCUACGACCCACGUGGAGGAAAGGAUAACUCUCGACGUCUGACCGGUCAGCAUGAAACCUCCAGCAUCCACGAGUUCUCAGCUGGUGUGGCGAACCGCGGCGCCAGUAUUAGAAUUCCCCGCCAGGUUGGACAGGAAGGACUCGGUUACUUUGAAGAUCGUCGGCCGGCUGCCAACUGUGACCCAUACGCUGUUACUGAAGCCCUUGUGAGGACAACCAUACUGAACGAGACUGGCAGUGAAACUAAAGACUACUGGAAAAAUUAACCUGGGGGCCGGAUCCGCAGCUAAUAUUCCAUCCAUAUGUCCUAAUUCUUCCGGAGUCUGUUUUUAAGAAAUGGUUUUAUUUUUGUCUACACUACUUGAUGUUUUUAUCUGAAGUGCCUUCCAGUUUGGAAGGGUAAAGGGGCAUUAACCCAACUGUGGAUGGAGGGCUGAAUAAUAUUCCGUUCCCAUAUUGACAGUACGGGUUUAUAUACGAAUCUGCCGCUGUACAAUGAGUGCCAUACUUAUGGCACUAGUGAUAACUAAUGUUCUAAACUGCAGGCAGUGUGAUGGGUUGGGGGGUUGAAUAACAAAAUCAAAGAUACCUCAAGAUGAGAUUGGGUCCCUAAACAGCUUAAGGGGCCAAUGAAUUGCAUGCCCUCUGGCCUGGGAGGGAUGGGGUCUUGGGUAUAAACCUAUGACUUUUUAUUAUGUGACUGUCAAUUUUUUUUAUUGAAUGAUUGAUUAAAGAAACCAGGUAUGUUUUA